AUGGCGUCCGGCAGCGCUCAGCCUUUCGCACCCACGUCGACACCUCAUCGUGUACAAAACUCGAAUCCUCCGAAUUUCGCGUCGCCGGUUGAGCCCAAUGGCGGCGCUUCGAGCAGCAAGGCUCCCUCGGCCACUCCGGCCCCUGCGCCUGUGAAGCAGCCGGUGUAUAAGGGCAGGACGCCGAGAAGUUAUAUUCCUGGUAUACCGCUCGGGCAGAGAGAUCUUGAACUAGCGAAUGGCGCUUUCAACCGCGCUGUCGGUGCACUCGUGGCCGACCAGCGCACCGCCGUCGAUCCAGACUAUGAGACAGCAUUUGUUGAUGCCCAUGAUGUAGUGCGAAGGUUAUUGCCGUAUCAUAUAUUCCAACUUCCGGUCGAGGCCGGCAAGGGAAAGCGUCGGGCGAGCGAGGCAGAUCUGGCCAGAGAGGAGCUCGCAGAAACUCGUUUUGCUUUGGAAUGCCACAAGCGCAAACGUGCUCUCGAAGAGCGCUUUCGCAAGGCACGCAUGAAACCGGGCAAACGCAAAGCACCGGAUGCAAUGACGUACUGGCUAGAAGCGAAGGGACUGGAGGACGACAAGGCGGAUAUGCAGGCGCUAAAUCACGAACUCCGCGCCGCCCGCGCCGAACUCGACCGCACCGAGCGCGCAGAAAGGGACAAACGCGCGUCUUCUACAGCCCGUGCUGCAUCUGCUGCGCCAAGUAGCGCUGCACCUGCCACACCAAGCACACCAUCGAGCGCAUAUACCCAUCCGUACCAGGCGUACCGGUACCCGUACGGCCAGAUGUCGCCGACUUAUAAUACGAAUGCCACGCCGUACUACGCCACGCCCGCAUCUGCCUCGGCUACUGCACCUGUGCCUUCGACUCCCGCUACACCAACGCCUGCUGCAGCUGCACCGGCGGUAGUGGUCACACCAUCAUCCCCUCGCGCGAAACCUACUGCAAGUACAAGCGCGAGUACGAAUGCAAUGGCCAUGCCCCGGGGCCCUGUCCCCCUCCAGCUCCCCGCGACCUCCCUCCCGCGUCUCAAUCAACUAGGCAUCUACCCUGCCCCACGCAGCACGUCAUCGGCUACGCCUACACCCUCCGCCAUCCUUCUCGGAACCGUCGACAACGGACGGCUGCUCAAUCUCGAGAUCAACCUCGCCGCCCUACAGCCUGCGCAGAUGACCGGCUUGGCGGAGAUGUUGACCGAGCUUACGCAGGCUAACAAGGCGCAGGCUAAUGGAGCCGUCGGACAGGCGGGGGAAGCGCCGAGUUAUGCACAGAUGGGCGCUCCGUACGCGUUGCCGAGCAAAGAGAAGGCGAAGGAGGGCAGUUAG